CACACUUCGGGGGGAAAUAUCUGUGGAAACAUCCCUAAUUGCAAAGAGUUACGAUUGUUCGACCAGACCAAAUUUUUUUGAACAAAAGUGAAAUCUGUGUUGUGUUUUCCUUUUAACGGAACUCUCUUCGACUUCCCUCUACUCAUUCCCAUCAUCACUGCAACCUAUCGACCACCGCCACAACUAAAAAUAAAACCCUAAUCCUCUCUCGUUCACCGAAAUUUCGCAGUAAAAAAAAAUGGCGAAUGUUUGUCAGACUUGUGGGGACGAAGGUUUCGUAGAGGCACUGGUUCGUUGCGACUCUUGUAAAUUUAGUGCUGUGCAUCGCUAUUGUUGUGGGAUAAUGCCGGUUCCUAUUGAUGGCUAUGUUACUUGGUUCUGUUCCGACUGUGAUGAGAGUGACACUGCCUCUGAUUCCAUACUAGUUGAGAUUCAAGAUACUGAGGUUUCUUCUUCACCACCAGUGGAGGAGCCUGAGACCACAAGAGAGAUCCCUGGUUGCAGCAAAUCUAACGGUUUAGUAGGAGUUGAAGCGUCUGUUUCGGAGGCUGGAGAUGGAUCAUCUCUCUUGCUGAUGACUGAGAAGAAAAAGAAGAGGAAGAAGAAGAAGAAAAGGAAGAUUAUUACUCACUCCCUGCCAGAUGCCACCACCAUUGUUGAGACCAUGGAAGUGUCUAAGAAGCAAGAUGGCUCAGAGAAUGGAGAAUCUGACGAAUUGAUGGAGAAGAGUGGAAAGAAAAAGAAGAAGAAGAAGACAGACAAGGGAGAAGAGAAGAAGAACCAAGAAUGCAGCAAUCACUCCUCGCCUGUUCUAGAGGCUGAGGUUCAUGGGCUCCAGGCUACUACUAGUGUUGAACCUAUGAAGGAGUCUAAGAAGCGAAAAUGCUCAGAAAGCAAAGAAUCUGAGGAAUUGAAUGUUCUGGUAGGAAGUGAAGGAUCCGUGUUGGAAAAGAGUGCGAAAAAGAAGAAGAAAAACGAAGAGAGCAGCACUCAUACCGUGCCUGUUGUGGAUGCGGAUGACCAUGUGCUCCAGGAUGUUAAUAGUGUUGAAGCUACGAAGGAUUCUACGAUGACAGCGAAUGUUUUAGCAGCAAAUGAAGUAUCCGUUUUGGAGAAGAGUGCCAAAAAGAAGAAGAAGAAGAAGAAAAAGAAGAGUAACGAAGAGAGCAGCACUCAUACCUUGCCUGUUCUAGAUGUGGAGCACCAAGAAGUUACGAAUGAUUCUACAAUGCCAUCGAAUGUUUUAGUGGGAAUUGAAGCAUCCGUUUUGGAGAAAAAUGCAAAAAAGAAGAAGAAGAAAAAGAAGAGUAACGAAGAAAGCAACAAUCACACCUCGCCGGUUCUAAAGGCUGUGGACUGUGGUCAUCUGGAUACUACUAAUGUUGAAGCUAUGGAGGAGUCUAAGAAGCACAAAACAUCUGAUGAAAUGAUUGGUGAGAAAAGUGAGAAAAAGGAGAAGAAGAAGACGAACGAAGAGAGCAGCAAUAACACUGCACCGGCUUUACCUGCUAAACACAAUGUGGCCUAUGAUACAGACAAUGUUGAACCGGCAAAGGCACAAGAAAGCUCAGCUAGCAGGAAACCUGAUGAAUUGGCUGGUUUAGAGGAAAAUGAAGCAUCCGUCUCUGAAGGUGGUAAUUCAACUAAUGUGCCAGAUCAUAAUUCUUGUACCACCAGCAAAAAGACAAGUAUAAGUUCCCGCAAGAUACAGGUUACUAGUGAAAUUAUGAAGUUGGCUGCUAAUAACAGUUCUUGCAAAGAAGCUGAAUCAAAUAUGCCCGUGAUGUCGGCAUUGAAUAAUGAUAGAGCGCAGCCAAUCUGUGCACCAGUAUGGAGAGGGUCGGUAACUGUAACACAAGGAAACAAUUUUAGAAUUCAUGGACUUGUUGCUCAUUUAUCAACCUUGGCGUGCGAGAAAGUCCAUGAAAAGGCAGGUUCAUUACGCACUCGGCUAUCUGCUCAAAUGUUUCCUAGGUUGGAAAUAUGGCCACCGAGCUUUCUGCAAAACGGACCACCUUCAGAUGAGAGUAUCGCUCUUUAUUUCUUCCCUUCCCCUGAUAGUAACGGUGAAGAGGUUUACUAUUCUCUUGUUGAUGAAAUGAAGAAGAAAGAUUUAGCGAUGAGAUGCUUGCUUGACGGUGUGGAACUUCUACUUUUCACCUCUUAUCAGUUACCGCUACCUUGCUGGAAGUUUCGCUCAAAGGAGUACCUGUGGGGCAUUUUCAGGCGCAGAAAGAAUUCUCGACAUUAGUCACUAGACUCUACUAGCUUUGACAGUUUCUGAAUAGGACCAAGGUUUAACAGUUGCACACACACAUCUGGUUUUGGUUGUCGAAUUUUUAGUAGUUUGCCAGACAUUCUGUAUAAAAUCUACACAAGAUGGCAUUGUCUUUUAAGAGUAUUUGUGCAACCAAUUCAUAAAAUUAGUGAUAACUUUGAGGCCGUAUGGAUGUAACUAGUGUGGGAAAGAAAAUGAGCAUCAAAAUU